UGUCUCGCAGGUAUCUGGUUUGACGAACCACGAUGCGUGCGAGGUGCAUGUGUGUGCGUAUCGUGUGAAUUUUCGCAGGUGGUGAUUUUUCGUGCAGAACGAAUAUCCGAGAUUUGCCGGUGGACGGACGCUAGUCGAAACAAGGAGACGCGAGUUCGAGGCGCCGUGAUCGUGGGGCGUAUCCCAAAAUCGUGGGGGAAAAACGGCCCUGCUUUCGUCCAGUAAACUUCGUCGCGAUACGUGCGUCGUGUUUUAUCGUGCCCCGUGAGAAAAUCGUGAUCCUGCAAGAAAAAGCAAGUGAGAACAAGUCGAAGAGGUUGGAUAUCAACGAGUCGAUGGAUAUCGCUUUGACAUGACGAACACCGAGCUGAUUCAGUUUUCCGAACGACGUCGAAUCGCUUUGUAAUGAAAUUUUAGAAAUUUGAUUGUCAAACAAAUAACAUUCGCACAACUGUUAACAAACAUUUUUUGUUAUCGUCGGACGCCUUACUUUGAAUCACUGCCAAUGUGUAACCCGGCUGACGACUCUUACGUACAAAAGUUAGGUUAUCUGCAACUUGGGGAUGAACCCACUGACGCCUGUGGUGCUUCGGGUACCGGUAGGGUCACGGGAUCACGACCUGAGGCCCAGGUGCCCGUGUCAAGGAAUACUGUAAGCAGAACAGAUAUCAGAGGGCCUGGUAGACCAGUUGGUGCUAUUGAAAGUUUCAUUGAAAGCAAUGCUGACACUUGUAGACAGUCAGCAGCUGAUUAUAAGUUGUAUGAACGUGAAAACAUAAUAGCUGCAUCAAGAUUCCCGACACCAAAACCUGUGGAACAGAUUAGUGCUCAACAGCAACAAAAUCAAAAUCGUAUGAGUCAUCAACAAGCACCAGUAUAUGAAAACAUUGAUUAUUAUCCACAACAAAGUCAACCUCAUCCUCCAUAUUAUCAUCCAGUGGAAUCUAGAAAGAGUCCUAAGAGUAGCCCUAGGGGAUCUUUAGCAAGCGAAUCUUAUGAACCUACUUUUAGAAAAGCACAACCACAAGUACCUACUGGAAAUCGAUAUCAGUCUGCAUCACCAGCAAAAGAAUUACCUCCCUAUGAGGCACCUCCUGUAUAUGAAAAUAUUCAAGAAGUACAUUUCCCAGAAAAUACACAAAAUAAACCAGGUCCUCAGGUUCCACCAAAUUAUUACCAUCCAGCAACAAUUAAUGGUGGUGAUUAUGUUGUGAUGACUGGCAAAGUAGGUCAAGCACAAAGUCAAAGAGGUAUGACACAAAGUUUAUCAUAUACACAACAAAGGGGAAGUAAUAUACGUGGCCAAAGCUAUGAUGGCUCUAGUUUACAACGCGUAGAUUCUUCUACAUCAAGGUACUUACAAGGAUCUUCCUCAUCUUUAGAUCAUCACGCUGGUAGAAGUGCUUAUGUUCCACCGUCUGAGCUACAAACACCAACAAGAAACUUUAAUUACAGUUCUGAGCAACAGCAACAACAUUCUCCUAGAUCUGGACUUCCUUAUCACAGUGAGUCUCCACCAAUACGCUUACCACCAGAGCCACAUCAUUAUCGUGGAUCUCUGGACAGUUCAGUGAGUGGGCAGCAUGGAUUUAGAGCAUCGAAUCAUAUAGAAAAUAUACAACAGUGUCAAUACCGUCAAGAUAGUCCCCAAAAUUAUAAACCUUACAUAGAAUCACCCGCAAGAAGUACAAAUGCAAAUAUUACUGGAGAAACUCAAGCUAGAAACUCACCUGUCUAUGGUGUGAGGCAAGGAGAUCAAUCUGCAUGCCGUAAUUCUCCCUGUUACUCUCCAAGUAGAGUAUUACCACCAAAUGAAAGAAAUUAUCAUCAUCAAGAACCUAGAUCAGAAUUUCCUGCCAGAAAUUCUCCAAUAUAUUCCUCAAAUAGAUCAUCAGAACAUUUAAGAUUAAGUAAUUUACAGAAUGACAGAAAUUUCAUUCAAGAUGCACCUGAUCCUUCUGAUACAUCAAAACCAUCACCUAUAUAUUCAUCUAGCCGUAGUGAUUCUUCUAGAAUCAUAGCCAAUAACAAUAAUGUAAGAGGUUCUCCGAAAGUAAGCCCAACCCAUAAUCAAGUAUCGUCCGACACAAUUGCACAAAAUAUAAUUAAUUCGCCCAGACAUGUUUCACCAUCUUCCGCAAAUAAUACUAUUGGAAGUCCUUUACGUGGUCAGAUACAAACACCAGUGGUGACCACUGGUACACCAAUUGCGACAGAAUCUGAUCCAAACGUUCAUGGACCCAGAAUUACCAGCCUUCCUCCAGGAGUGACUAGUGGUGUAGCUGGUCCAGUCUUUUUAAAUGCCGGUGUACCUGUAUUACAAAGGCCAUCCGAACCUGAACCUGAGGAAAGAAAGUCAGUUAGUCCACCGAUAAAACCGACAUCCGGCAAGGGUCUACUACCUUACAAUGUUAUACCACCUAGACCUUCCGGGCCAACCGAAGCGGAGAGAAAGAUAGAAGAACUGACAAGACAACUCGAAGAAGAGAUGGAGAAGCAAGAAGAGGAAGGGGAAUACUUCGGUAUCUGUCACACAUGUGGUGAAAAAGUAACAGGGGCAGGUCAGGCCUGCCAAGCCAUGGGCAAUCUUUAUCACACGAAUUGUUUCAUAUGCUGUUCUUGUGGAAGAGCGUUGCGCGGCAAAGCGUUCUAUAAUGUUCACGGAAGGGUAUACUGCGAGGAAGAUUAUUUGUAUUCUGGCUUCCAACAAACUGCCGAGAAGUGCGCAAUCUGUGGUCAUCUCAUCAUGGAAAUGAUAUUACAAGCCAUGGGGAAAUCCUACCAUCCAGGGUGCUUUAGAUGUUGCGUCUGUAACGAAUGUCUUGAUGGUGUUCCCUUUACGGUUGACGUUGACAAUAAAAUUUACUGUGUUAACGAUUAUCACAGAAUGUUCGCGCCAAAAUGUGCUUCCUGUGGAAAGGGAAUCACUCCAGUUGAGGGUACGGAGGAAACUGUGAGAGUUGUUUCUAUGGACAAAGAUUUUCAUGUAGAUUGUUACGUUUGCGAAGAUUGUGGUAUGCAAUUGACCGACGAACCGGACAAACGAUGCUACCCACUCGAUGGUAGACUUAUGUGUCGUGCGUGCCACAUCCAACGUAUAUCUCAUACGCAACCCAGAGCACCACAGCCAGUAUCAGCUAGUUAUCAAUUUAUGGGAUAAAUUAAGUUAAAUAUCUUAAGACAAUUUUUUAAGAUUAAUCUGUGUAUCAUCCAGUAAUGAACAUCGUUAAGAACUGACUGAACAAACUGAGCUAUUACUAAGGUAAAAUUUAUACGUAUUUACAAAGUAGAAAUUUAUAGAGGACACAUAUACCGAUAUUUACAAUAUAAUCAAUGACUGCAGAAAUAACGUAGCUUUAUUGUUCCUCUAAAACACGAAGGUUUUAACGUAACGUAGUAAGACUGGAUAUUUACAGAAUCGAAAUACUUACACUGCCCAUUGGGAUCAUUUAGAUAGUCAGGUCGAUGUUUGAUUUUUUUUCUAGCAAUAUAUAUCAGUGCAGUCUUACAGGAAAUAAUUUUACAUUGACAGCUACUAAUAUAAGUUAGUGGUAUAUUUAAUAUAUGUGCUCUUAUUUAUUUUGUCCAAGGUACUAUACGUGAAUGCAGUAGUCUCGUUAGGAUGAACGAGUUGCGCAGGCAACUGUGAUACAUUAGCAUAAUAACUAUGUCAUUAAGCAAUUUCUUAUUUUAGUUCGUGUAUAUAUGUUUGAUACAUUACGUAUAAUUAUAUAUAUUAAUAUUAAUACUAUACAUAAUAUAACAUGACACAAUCCUGUUGUCAAUACGUGUCCAUUUUCUCGAUUAAGAUUUCUGGAUGCGUCUCGACAUAGUGACUUACGAUAAAUAUAACGUUCAUUACCAUAUUCGAUGUCUCACGUUUUGCUAACAGUAUUUAUUACGACAAUACAUUAUAUAUCGAUUAUUAGUGUCAAAUCUUCAUACAAUACUCUCGAUAUUCAUGAAUAUUACUCAGGAAUUGUAAUAACACGCUAUCGUUAAAUCAUUAAAAAUUACGCUAAUAAUAACGUUUAAAUUAAUGAACAGUACGACGUAAAAUUCGAUGCACUUAAGACGAAUAAUUCUAGAAUGUUAAACGCACAGUUCAUGCUGCCAAAAAAGUUUUCUUUAUCUGAUUAAUCAAUCAAUAUAUCUACGUGUAGAUGACUUAAGCUGAAAAUAAGAGUAUUGUAGAUGGAAAGUACAAUGUUAUUUAAAUGUAUGUAAGAUAAGACAUCCGUUUAAUAAAGAGGAGUGUCUGAGCAUCCGUAA